AGGUCUGGUUCAAGAACCGGCGGGCCAAGUGGAGGAGACAGAAGCGCUCCUCCUCCGAGGAGUCGGAGAACUCUCAGAACCGGGUCAAACCCAAAGCGGACAAACUGGACGGAACCAGGAGCGACGUGGACUCGGACAGCUGAUAACGGAGGCGCGGUCACGUGACGUGAAGUUGCACACCUGUACACACCUGCGGUCUGGUUCUUGUUGACUCUUAAUUUAUAUUUAAUUUAAGACGUUUCUGUGGGACGCGCGCGCGCGCGCGCGGACGGACGCUGUCCGAUCACGCGCGCUCCUUGUCACAUAUCGUGGAGAGCUGUGUGAUGGGGUGUCAGCUUCACACAGCUAUCGUGGAGGAGGUUUUAAAUGUUGUGCACGCGCACGGUCUGUUGAGGCGCGCUCACGUGUUGUUGAUCAGAAAUGAUCCGCGCGCGUUUUGUUGUUUUUAAAGCUUCUGAAUGAAAACUUGUUUUACUGCAGAGAAACUAAACAACCUGUUUAUGUUUUAUA